AUGGAGGAAGCUGGUGUCUACGCCUCGCAGGGCAUUGGGGGUUACGACAGAGCAGAAGUGAAUAGCAGUAUUGAACAGAAGGACAAUCAUGCACAGUAUACCAUACAGAGCGUUCUCCACUUUAUUCAGUCAGAAUGGACACGUCUGGAAUUACAGCGUUCUCAAUGGGAAAUGGAACGAGCUGAACUACAAGCAAGAAUAGCAUUCCUACAGGGUGAACGACGCGGCCAGGAAAACAUAAAACAAGAUUUGGUCCGUCGAAUCAAGAUGCUGGAACAUGCACUCAAACAGGAGCGUGUUCGAUACUACCAGUUGAAAUCUUCCAUUGAUAAUAACACAGACAAAUCAGUAGACGAGGUCUCGAAAUCUGGUCCAGAUAGUUCGGUUGAGAACGCCAAGGAUUACAAGAAUAUAAUGGAUCCGGGCAGGCAAUUAGCACAUUGUACGGAACAGGCCCUUCAAAGCAACGCUAAAUGGCGGGAAAGCCGUUUAAAACUGAAGCAUUUUCUGCAAGAAGUCGGCUACACAGAUUCAGUCUUAGCCAUUCGUCAAAGUCGUGUGCGUCAGCUACUUUGUGCAACCAAUGGGGAUCUAGGAGAUCCUGAAUCAGUAAAUAUUUUGAGGAAAAGUCCAUCGAACCGCAAUUCCCUGACAUUGCCUGAGAAUGAGGAGGCUGUACUUCGUACCUUCGAUUUUUUGGAAAAUGCGACCAAGUCGGAUGAAAAGCCUAAUCCUCCUGUUGACGCGGAAGCGCCUUGGAAUGACGAUAAGCCAGCCCCAGGAGGGAUAUCAUCUUUGCUUCCGGGUUUUGAUUCCCGAACUGGACAACCCAAGAGAUUCGGGCGGAAGACUGGUGUUGACAAUAAUUUGGUGGAGUUCCUAAACUCGCUCUCGGAUAAGGAGAGUGGGGAAACGGAGGCCCUGUCUAAACUGAGCGAGGCGGUUUGGCCUUUGGGCCCACAGGCGCCAGGCUUAGAUGGAGAACCCGAUAAUGCACCUGGUGCCUCUAACUUGACGCCCUUCAGCUCAACCAAUCAGGUUGAAGUGGAUGGAGCUUCUGCGGCCGUAGGUUUGGGCGAUCUCGCUAGUCUUACUGUUGCGAACGAAUCUGAAAACGGAAAUGAUGUAGAACAGUGUGAAACUGGGGGCUUUCUAUCGACUGAAUCGGGCCUUGGGCAAAAGCAGCCCUCAACAUCAGCGAUGGCCGGCUCCCGACGCCCUUGGACGAAGAGGUUCGGUUUGAAGGGUCACUUUGACUCGGUUCGCUCCAUUGCCUUUCACCCCAGUGAGCCCUAUCUUUUCUCCGGUGGUGAAGAUGGACUAGUCAUGUUGUGGACUUUGCGUCGUCCAGGGUCUCCAAAACCUAGCGCAAACAAUGCGAAGAACGGCAAUCAAAUGGCUGCAAUGCUUUUAGCCAACGCCCCGCCUGACCUCGAUCCGGUCCAUAUCUAUCGAGGCCAUAUGGGCCCCGUGUUGUCGGUGUCCGUGCCAGCGGUGGGCCAGUGUGCAAGCACCGUUUACUCCUCCAGUCUGGAUGGAGUCAUCCGUGGCUGGCGCCUCCCUCGUCCCGAUACCUUCACUGGACACUUCGAUCUCUACUCCCUCUCUCAGAGCAUAAAUGAGUUCGGUCCUCUGCUCAAACGUCCAGAUUCCUCGGGAUGCGCGGUUUGGUCGAUAUCUGUACACCCCAGCCUCCCCCUGCUGGCGUCUGUGGAUACUGCCACUGCGGUCUCCUUCUGGCCCCUCCAGUCGGAUAUGUUACCUGGCGAUGACGAGGCACCCUUUCCCAUUGAGCUCAUCAUCCCCUCUCGCACCAUCCUUCUUAGCGAACUUAUCACACCCUCUGACAACCCGGCGGAAGUGGGUAGACCGACCAGUGUGACGUUCUUCAGCAGUCGCCCGGACCCCUCAAACGCCACCCAGUGCCUAGUUGGCACCAGCACUGGUUGGCUCGCACUUAUCGAUGUGGAAACAGGCAAGGUUGUCAACAAGGUGGCUCCUCCCACCGAAUCGCCUUCCCGUACACCCGCCAUCGAAUCCAACUUCAACGAGGGCGACCCAUUCAACCACCACUCCAACGUUAAUCUCAACUCGGUGACCUAUCCUGCUGCUGGUUGGGGUCCUAGAGGAAUCCAUGCUAUCACCAUGUAUCAGACGUUUUCGCUGGCCAUAACGGGCCAUGAAGACCGGUGCAUUCGCUUCUACGACAUCACCAGACAGGGAGGCAGCAAUGGUGGUGAAUCGGGGAAUUUUUGCGUGGGAACCAUUGUUACCCACCUCGACGCCGUUACCUGUCUUACAGUUGAUCCUCACGACCUCUAUGUCCUCACUGGAAGUCACGAUUCCUCAAUUCGUCUGUGGGAUCUGGAGAGCAGGGCGUGCGUUCAAGAGAUGACGUGUCAUCGUGUGAAGAACAAUGAGUCUGUCCAUGCUGUAGCCAUGCACCCAACUAUGCCUCUUGCUGCCAGCGCGGGAGCCGAUGCUCUCUGCAAAAUUUACACUUCCCUGUGA